CUCUCUCUCUCUCUCUCUCUCUCUCUCUCUAAAACUCUCUUGCAGCAGUCCUUUUCCUCUUUUAGCGGAAUCAUGAUCAGACCAAUUCAAAACUUUUAUUUUUCUUGUAGAUCAAUAUUAUAAUUGUAACCCAUUUCAAUACUCUUCUUCUCUUUUAUUAAAUCCCUAUUGACUAAACUUUAAAUUAUGUAGUUUUUAGUCGUCAUAGUUUAUAAACUACUCAAAAAAAUUUUUUUUCUUCCUUUUGCUUCUGUAUCUGCUCUGUGUAAAUGAAAUCUCUUUCUAAUUGCAUUCAUGUUUCUGUAGUUCUUUGUUAGAUUUUGGGUAUAUUUUACAAUUUUCAUAUGAAUUAGGAAAAAUAAUUAUAAUUCUUAGGUUUGACUGAUUCCAUUUCAUCCAAAAAAAAAAAAAUUAGACUACUCCCUACUUCAAUUGAAUUCAAAAUCUCAGGAUUUUAAUGAAGGUGGGUAACAAUGUGUUUAUGUAAGUUCUAAGGCAACAAACAAAAAGGAAUUCAAAAAAAAUUGGUCACAUGUUUGACUUAUACUUUUGGUCUUAAAAGGAGGGAGAUUCUUAAAUACUAUGUAAAGUUUGUAUCUAUCUUUUCACUUACUUCACAUGAUUCCUGCUGGGAGAAGCCAUAGAAGGUUUCAUUUAAUAUUGUGGCUCCAGACUCAUCACCGGUCAUUUUCCGGUGAUUGAUUCAUUCCUGAUAUUCAUAUACCUAUAUCUAUAUCAUACCGCAGAUCAAGUCCUCUUAUUGGAGCCACGGUGAGUUUUUUUCAUUAAGCGCCAUGGCUUAUGGUAAUUCAAGAUCUGUAAGAUUCCAAGAUGAUCUUGAAUUAGCCAAGUUCCCACAAAUCAAUGGAGAUAAUAUGAUUAAAGUCAAGUAUAAAAUUGAUGGAAGGCAAAUAACAGGGCCAAGCUCUAAGAAGGUUGAGAAGGAGGUUCACAAGGCUGGAAGAUCAUUGAAAUCUAAAGUACUGUCCAGAGUAUUUUCUGAGGACUAUGAAAAAGUUAAGAAAAAGAUAUUGGAUCCUCGAGGACCAACCAUUCGCAGAUGGAACAAGAUUUUCCUAGUAGCAUGUUUAAUUUCUUUAUUUGUGGACCCUUUGUUCUUUUACUUGCCAAUGGUCAGAGGCGAUGUUUGCAUAGAUAUUGGAAUCACCCUUGAAGUUGUCCUCACAAUUAUAAGAUCAAUCGCCGAUGUGUUUUACAUGGUUCAGAUUUUUGUUCGCUUUCGUACAGCUUAUGUUGCACCUUCUUCUCGUGUAUUUGGGAGAGGUGAGCUUGUUAUAGAUUCUUCGAAGAUUGCAUUAAGGUACUUGCGCAAAGGCUUUUGGAUUGAUGUCCUUGCUGCACUGCCCCUUCCUCAGGUGUUAAUGUGGGUCAUCAUCCCCAAUCUCGGUGGUUCAACCACGAUGAACACGAAAAAUGUCCUUCGCUUCAUUCUCAUUUUCCAGUAUCUGCCAAGACUUUUUCUUAUAUUUCCACUCUCAUCGCAAAUUGUUAAGGCUACUGGUGUUGUGACACAAACAGCAUGGGCAGGGGCUGCAUAUAACCUGAUGCUCUUCAUGUUGGCAAGCCAUGUUAUAGGAGCUUGCUGGUAUCUUUUAUCAAUAGAGAGACAAGAAGCAUGUUGGAGGCUUGUCUGCAAUCUUGAGAAUCCAUCUUGUCAGUAUAGCUUCUUUGAUUGCCCAAAGGUCAAUGAUCCAGAUAGAAACACUUGGUUCCAAUCAAGCAAUGUCACCAACACAUGUGAUCCGAAUAAUGGUUCUUAUCCAUUUGGCAUCUACACCAACGCGGUGACAUCCAAUGUUACUUCUUCAUUGUUCUUCAACAAGUACUUCUACUGUCUUUGGUGGGGCCUGCAGAACCUGAGUUCUCUUGGACAAGGUCUUUCCACAAGCACUUAUGUUGGAGAAAAUAGUUUUGCCAUCAUAAUCGCAACUUUGGGGUUGGUUCUCUUUGCAUUGCUUAUCGGGAAUAUGCAAAGGUACCUCCAAUCCACAACAGUUCGAUUAGAAGAAUGGAGGAUCAAGAGAACUGACACAGAACAAUGGAUGCAUCACAGGCAGCUACCUCCAGAUUUAAGGCAUUCCGUACGAAAAUAUGAUCAGUAUAAGUGGCUGGCUACUCGAGGAGUUGAUGAAGAAGCCCUUCUCAAAGGCCUUCCUAUGGAUCUCCGGAGAGACAUCAAGCGCCAUCUCUGCCUAGAUCUUGUUCGACGAGUCCCCUUGUUUGAUCAAAUGGAUGAACGGAUGCUAGAUGCAAUAUGUGAGAGGCUUAAACCUGCGUUGUGCACCCAAGGCACUUUCCUAGUGCGCGAGGGUGACCCUGUUAAUGAAAUGCUCUUCAUAAUUCGAGGCAACCUUGAUUCUUACACCACUAAUGGUGGCCGUACUGGUUUCUUCAAUUCAUGCGGCAUUGGUCCAGGUGACUUCUGCGGUGAGGAACUGCUGACAUGGGCGCUUGACCCUCGUCCUAGUGUCAUCCUCCCUUCAUCCACUCGCACGGUGAAAGCCAUAUAUGAAGUAGAGGCCUUUGCUCUCGCAGCAGAGGACUUGAAGUUUGUAGCUUCACAAUUUCGAAGACUGCACAGCAAACAACUUAGGCACAAGUUCAGGUUCUACUCGCACCAGUGGCGAACAUGGGCUGCAUGUUUUAUACAAGCAGCAUAUCGCCGGUUUAAAAAACGAAAGCUUGCGGCUGAACUCAAGGCUAGAGAGAACCCAAUGGCUGCUGAGUCUGAAACAUCAUAUGACCUAUUAGACAUAGAUGUGCCUCCACCUGGUUCAGGAUUUGCUGUGUAUGCUGCUAGGUUGGCAGCGAGCAUAAGGAGGGGUGUCAACAAGCACUCUGGCUCAGAUUCCGGUGUCGUCAGUUCGCUACAGAAGCCGGCAGAACCUGAUUUUUCUGUAGAUGAGGAAUGACAUGGCGGCAAUUGCAUGCAGGUCUUACAAACUGCAUCUGUGAUGAAGAGUUGUCUAUGUACAUUAGUAUUUUAUCCCUACUUGCAACAAGAUGGACCUUGAAAUUAUUGUUUUGUUCUUCUUUAUACAUUAUAUAUAUUCAUAGUAAUUUUUUUUGCAAA